CGCGUUCAGCCGCCGUGGAUCAACCCGCUUGAAGGACCGAAGCAGCACACUCGCCGUCAGAGCGCUCCCGACGUCCCGGAUGGAGACGGACUUUGCUUUUUCAGGACUCCUUUCUCCAGAAUAUGGCUGUCAUCGACACUAACAGACCUCACACUGAGCCAGAAAAGCUUGGCCCAAACUGGUCCAGUCACAUCCAUCCUACCUGAUCCUGGACUCUCAGAUGUGGAUUUAGGUGCUACUGUUAAAAUGCAAAUAACUCUGGUUGACAUUUCAUAUCUUUCUUCAAAAAGUGAAACAGAAAAGGUAUUUCUUUAGUUAAGGAUUUUCCCCACACUGUUAUGUUUUAUUCAUUCUCCAAAACUUGAUUGUAAAGUCCUGAGUAUAGCUGGUCUCAGUGGACCGCUCCUUCAGGGUCAGAAUGCACCAGCUGUUUAGUCGGGUCCUCGGCCAGAGAGACCUGUCCAGAGCAGGAGACCUGUUCUCUCUAGAGGACACGGAGAUUGAAGACGGCCUGUCUGAAGCUCUGGAUCAGAUCAAGGACAUCUCCUGUUCACCAGACUAUUUGACCAACGACAAUGAUCAGGCCGUGGUGGAGAUUUGCAUCACACGCAUCACCACGGCCAUCCGAGAGACCAGCUCCAUCGAGCGACACAGCAUGGCCCUGGUGGGCCUGUGGGAGUCUUGUCUUGAACAUAACCUGACUCCUCAAGGGGAAAGCACAGAAGACACGCCGCACGCAAAGAUAGCCUCUGACAUCACCAGCUGCAUCCUGCAGAACUACAGCUGCCCCUCAGUCAUGGCGCUGGCUGUUCCAGUGGCGGUGCGAUUCCUGCAGAGAGGGAACCGAGAACUGAGCAGGAACAUGUCCAGCUAUCUCUCACUGGCUGCUAUAGCAAAAGCUGACUUGCUGGCAGAACAUACAGAGGCCAUAACCGUCAGUGUGCUGGGAGGUAACCACAUGAUGCUACGUGUGCUGCCAUCAGUUUACCCCAAACAGCCACACACUAUCCACCGUCACCUGGGCAGCCUUACAGCAAUGAUGCUCCAGCUGGAGACACCUGAGCAACAACACCUGAUCAGGCUUAUUCAGAUGGUUGCAGAGCAGCAUCCACUGAUGCUGAGCACACAUGUGCCCACACUGGUCAAUUACCUGAGUGAGCCCACUCUGACUGAGGCUUUGUUGGGAGCUCUUGUGGAUGUUUCCAAGGCCAGCCCUUCGUCACUGGUCAGCUUUUUACCAGCACUAAGGAUGGUGGGACAGCAGUCUGCUGCUUUUCUCAGUCAUGUAGCCAAAAUCCAUGGUGCCGUUGGCAUCCUGAGUGAGACCCACGCCCACAGCUCAUUGGUCUACCUGGUGUCCCUCCUGGGCAGUAUGGAGCACAGCUUUCACCACACCUUGCUGCAGGAGAUCAGAGCUCUGACUGACAGAUACCCAUCGUUACUGGGAGGCUGUGGGAAAGACAUCUACAGAAUGAGCAACUCAUUCACUGCCAUAGCCAGAGUGUUGGAAAGACGACUGGAGGAUAAAACCUCCCUUCACUGCAGGGUGGAAGAGGCAUGUGCAUCUUCAGGUGGAAGUCUUCCUGCUGGUCGAGGAGGAGGGACAUCAUCUGAGCAGCGACUGCAGGUAAAAGUCCAGAAUGUUGACGAGAAAACGCAAAAUGUGGGAACGACAGAGGAGGAAGGGGAGGAGUCUCCUUCGCAGCAGAGACGCCACAGCCUGAGCCAAGGCGUCAGGGAGGAGAAACGGGAGAUGAGAUUCAACAGAUCAAAGAGCCUGGCUCUUCAUAUUGUGCGUUCACGGUCCAUCAGCUCAGAUACAGGAGAGGACAGCGAAGCUGUAGAGCCGACCACAGAGAGCUGCGCUUCCGAUGCUCAGUCCAAUCGGCCCUCAGACAGCCGCGAAGUCUCACCGGCAGAAAAGACGCUGACAAGUGACAACUCCCUGUCUGUCACGGUGGAAAAAAAGGAGGUGGAAAAAGCUGAGAUUAAAGAUGUGGACGGAGAGGGAGCAGAACUGGAGCAAACUGACAGACUCUUCAUCCAUUUAAGAGACAAUAUGGAGACGAUCAGGGAGUUCUGCAAAGACAUGGUGAAGCGGAUCCCGGUCCCAGAGCAGUGUGUGAUUGAAGAUUCAAAUCGAGUCUGCGUAGCCAAGCUCUCGUUUUCCUGUCCCCUGAAGGGCUACUACUGCCUGUACGCCAAAUCCAGUUUCCUCCUGACCAGCCAACAGCCUCACCUUUGGAUUCACAUCAUGCUGUUGCAUCUGCAGAGUAAGUCAAGUGCCACUCUGAGCAGCAGAGACAAAAGUGUCGAAAGAUUAGCUUCUCUUUGGGAGAAGACGCAGCUGAAAGGAUCACACAGCUUUUCCAUGGCCAUGACACAACAAUCCACCCCACAAAGAAAGGACCUGGACAACCUUCACAUCCAGCUGGAGGAGGUGCGCUUCUUUGACCUGUUUGGGUUCAGCGAAGAGGAGGGGGGCUGGCUUUGCUUCAUGUGCAACAACCCUGAGAAGGCCACAGUCGUGAACCAGGAAGGACAACCUCUGAUCGAAGGGAAGCUGAAGGAGAAACAGGUCCGCUGGAAGUUUAUCAAGCGCUGGAAGACCCGCUAUUACACCUUGGCAGGGAACCAGCUCCUCUUCCGCCGGGGCAAAUCUAAAGAUGAGCUGGAUGACAUCCCCAUAGAGCUGAGCAAAGUGCAGAGUGUCAAGGUGGUAGCUAAAAAGCGGCGGGAUCGGGGUCUGCCGAGGGCCUUCGAGAUCUUCACAGACAAGAAGACGUACGUGCUGAAAGCUGAGGAUGAGAAACACGCCGAGGAGUGGCUGCAGUGCAUCAACGUGGCCGUGGCUCAAGCCAGAGAGAGGGAGAACAGAGAGGCGACCACCUACCUGUGAGAACAGAUCCAACACAGACGCCGACUUUGAUGCCAAUCAUUAGUAUUCAUUUCAGUUGGAGCACGUUCUUCUUCCUUUUUUUGUGUGUGUGUGGUUUAUGCAUAACCAAAUGGACAGAGAGGAAAUAGAAACAUUCACUGAUAACUUGAGGAAGUGAAGAGCCAAGCUGGUUGGUGUGGAGUGGAUCACCUAACCCACGUUUCUGUCCCUCCUUGGGCCUGCAGUGCCAGCUUUGAUAUGUAAACUCAGAGCAGGAAGGCUAUUCUCUGCAGAUAUUAUCAAAUUAUUUUCAACAAAGCCGAGUUAUCUGUUCCACAUGUGGACAUCAAUCCUGCUGAUGAUGGAGUAUUGACUUAACCCAGAUUUGUUAUGCAGUAUUUUUAGUAUAUAACGUAAGAAACCAGCAAAAACAGACAGUAUGUAUUGCUAACUUGAAGUAUUGAUCAGCUGUACCUACUGUUACCUGUGUUACAGAGUCAUCAGUGGACCAUGCGCAAAAUACAAAAUCUUUCAGUAUCUAUAAAUGACCCAGAUAAAACAACAUAGAAAUCCUCAUUUUUGCUGUAUUUUACUGUGAGAUAAAUAGUGGGUACUAUGUAAAAAUGAUUCCUUUGAAGCUGAUUUAGAUUUUAUUAUUUUAUACAUCUUUUUAUGUCGACACAUCAAACUUACAAAGUACAACGACAAAUCACAAAAUCGGUGGAGUCAGCUAAAGACUUAAGCUAACUUUUGUUUUACCUUUGAUAUGCAUUCCUUUUUCCAACGUGUCAAAGUAUUUUGUGACCGAUAUUUUUAUUAACCUUUGCGUGCCUAAAUAGCAUAAAUAAUUCUGUAUCCCAUAUUUUCAUUUUCAUUUUAUCUCCUACCUUUUUUCCGUUGAAGAGUUCUUGAAGUAUUGUUUCUCAUAAGAGAAGUGGCUGGAAAUACAAAUGGUCCAAGUUUCUCCUUUUUACAAUCUUGUGUUGUUCUACUAGUUUUUUUUUUUUUUUUAUCUUUCCGUCGGAGAAAUGUUCUAUUGAAAUUUACUUCAUAUUUUACAAAGAACUCAUUUAGCUCAUAGGUUGCUCCACUGUAAAAUCCAGAGAAAAAAAACAUUAAGAAAACAAUGAAGUUUCAUUUCAUGUCUGCUUUGAUAACUGGGAUUUUGAAGAUUUUUUUUUUAAUAUGCUCAAAGUCUAUAAGACACCAAUAGACAUUAUCUCAUAAAUUCUUCUCUUACUUUGAUUUGAUCGGAAUUCAUAAAAUAAAGAAUUAAUCUUUUGAAAAUGAGUUAUAACUAUUGUUCACCUUUAAUUACAGUUACAGAUACACUAUGGAGGGUAGACUGGGGCAAAAUAAGUAAGGGUGGGAUUUGAAACGAGGGGCACAAAUUGGCAAAGGAGUGAACCGGCCCAGAUCCAUCUAAAACCAAAUCAACAGCACCAAAACCAAAUGUCUAACAAAAUGUAUCACCCUUUAAUCUGUUUGUUGGCUUUCAGUUGAAAAGCCAGCAAACAAUGAAAUGAACAUUGAAAUGAACAUUUCAUUUUCAUUUGAAAUGUUCAUUUUCUUGUUGGGUGAUUUAACUACUAGACCCAGAACUUCCAGCUUUUCCCAGUUUUCCUUCUGACUUCUCCCAUUUGCCUUUUUUUGUCUUUGCUGUGAGGUUCGAAGCACUCCCCUAAUUUGCAUCUCGUCUCACUGUAGCAGAGUGCUUAAUAGUAUCUUGAUUAGCCAUUGAUUGUGAAAGAGAGGGGUCACAUUGCAGAAAAACACACUAAAACCACUGAAGAGACAGUAUUUUUCAGACUAUCAGCCACUACUUUUUUUCCCAUGUGUCUUAAUAUAGUCCGGUGCAGCUGUACGUUUCCAGUUUUUUUAUUUUUCCAAAACAUUUGUAGGUGCGGCUUACAGUGAGGGUGCGCUCCAGAGUGGACCUCAAAAAAUGUAGAGUCGUUGCAAAGUCCACUAUGUGAUAUAACUGCAUUAAAGUUUAGCAGGAUUUUGAAUUCGUUCCUUUUUUUCCACUUUAGACAAGUGAAAAAAUGUCUUCCAGAAGCGUCAUUUCAUGAGUUAACUCCGACACAGAACAAGAGACACUUCAUAGUGGAUGGGAGUUUGUAGCAUGUCUAGACUUUUAUUAGUUAAAAGCCCCAAAAGAAACCAGUGAACAAACAUCACCGCAACAGCAGCAUAACUGAGUUGUGCUUGUUUUGAUUGUGCAUCUGUGCAGGAAAACCUUAAAACCUAAAAUAUUAUUUUGAGCAGAGGAAUUAAGUCUUUUUUUUUCUUGUGCUAAAGAUGGCUAAAACAGACAUUACUGUAGCUGAUCCUAAAUCAGCUACAGUUUAAACGCCCAUUCACACUAGUGAGUGGGAAAACAACGCUACCAAAUCACCUUUCUUUAAAUGUAACGACUACAGUAUUCCCAGUUCAGGUAUGCAGGACUGUCAGGUUUUGACAUAUUUUUGAUGUGUCAACAUUCUGUCUUGAAAAUGCAAAAUGUGAAUCAAAAUGUUAAAAAGGUCAAAAGGUCAUGUCAGUGUAAUAUUGAUAUGCUUGAGAUUGCUGUCCAGGUAAAAUCUUAACAGCCUGUUCCACGUGUAGUUAAUUCUCAUGCUGGAGAAUAUUAUGACGCUGCUUUCCAUGGUAUAAAGCUCAAUGAGAAAACUGCUGUAGUUUAAACAAACACUGUGAAGAUGAUUCAUGCAGGUUAUCUGAAUGUUUCAAAUCAUUUCCUUCAAUCUUGAGAAAUAUGAAUCAUAUAUAUAUUUUUUUUCUUCCUUUUUGAUGUUUGAUUAAAUUUGAUUUUGAUGAACGGUCAGUAUUUAUUGUGUGUUUUUAAGGCCUCAAACAACAAAUGACAGAUGAAAUGUUGUCUCCUCCUCUGUCUUAUUGUUCUUUUCCUGGUUUUAUAACUAUUAAAUUCAAAUGAAUGCAAACAAAUGAAUGCUGUGCUGUAUUGACAAUAAAACAGUAUUGUUUUUUUGGAA